GGCAACACUAUUAUUAACAUAUUUGUAGAACAAGCAUAUUUUUUGUUUACCCACUUAUGAAGUUAAAUACCAUUUACAAAAUAUGCUGAUUUAUUUGUUUAUUGGAAAGCAGUGUUUUAUAUACUGAUUAAAUUAUGUCAAUAAGCCGUGACAGUAAAAGUAUGGUUAAAUCUGGUGAUGAAGUAAAUAAUAUAUUUGAGGAAAUCGAAGAGCUUCUAAAAAACAGUGAGGUUAGUUUGGAAAAAUCCACACCAGCUACGAAAUUAUCACCUCUAAAACCUUUUAAUGAUAAUGUUACAUCGAUGUCUUUGCCAAAUAAUAUAGGCGAUACCAAGUACAAUAAUAAGCCAACUAUUUUAAAUACUACAGCUGUUGUUGAGGAAUUGUCUUUAAACUUCUUGCAAGCAAGAGCUAAUUAUGACUUCCUUAUAUCCACAGACACUGAGUCCGCGCCUGAAGAAGAGCUUUCAUUGUACUCAGUGAAUCAAAAUGAAUUACAACCUGUUAAUGCACCUUUUAUGGUGCCCGGUAUAUAUAAAAAAAUCGCCAAUGCAUCUUUAGCUUCAAGCAAACAUUCAUUGCAAAAUGAUGUCCCCGAUUCCACCAAUGUUGUAUUGAUGACAAAAUGUCCCAAAGGGAAGAUUAUUUCGCGGGUUGAUUUUGAAGGUGCAUCAGCUACAGAUGAAACUACAGAGAACAAUUUAAAUUAUGUUGAAGAACGUAGUCUGGCAGUGGCUAAAUCAUGUAAUGUUGGUACUCCUUCUAAUUGUCUUUUAACUUUCGCAUAUAAUAUUCACAAAUUAGCGAAAACCGAUUGCAUAGUAAUAGAUAGGGGAAAAAAUGAAAUAACUCGUAUUCCAUUACGCAGCAAUGAUCAAAUUCUGUACCGACUUCUGGGACCCGAAGAUUUAAAUCUACAAAUUAAUCAGAGUAUUGCCAACCCAACAUCUGCCAGGGACACAAUCCUUUCCGCAAAAGCUAAAAUAGGUCGACCUAGAAAACACACACUACCAAAUGAGAAUAAGCAAAAGCAAGAAGUUUCCUGUAAGAAAUUGAAAAUAGAGCCCAUCGCCAAACAGGAAGAAACAACUAAAAUUGCGCCAAAUUCUCAGUCUUUUACCCGAACGCGGUCCGGACGUAUGGUUAAGUUGUUAACGGAUCCACAACGCGCUUCUGAUGUUAAACAGGACUCAAUUUUUGAAACUAUUAAUGUAAAAACCAUCAUCAAUGAAUCAAAAGAUAAGGACUUCCAAUGCAACGUAAACACCAUUACAACCACUGAAAAAAACAACGUGACAGAACCAGAACUUACAAACGACACUUUUGCAAACCAUCGGCGGGUGCCACCCAAUGCAAUUUGUCCCAAAUGUGGAAAAAUAUUUUUGGGUCGCCGUUUAAAUCGUCAUUUCACGCAACAUCCCGACCAUAUGUUAGCAAAAGUUGCUGAGGACCCAUUAAAGCAAAAACCAGAUGUACAAAUUGCCACAGACAAUGCCAAUGAAGAUAUGACGCUUUUUCGUUAUCUUACUACAAAGUUGCAGAAACCUUUGCUCAACGAAGAUCAACGUGCCGAUCUCUUUUUAAAUGAACUAAAUGAUUUAGUGGAACAACUACAGCUGCGAAGCACUCGGCUUAUACGCAAUACAUCUGGAUUGCAUUUCGUUAGCGCUCGAACAGCACGUUUGUUAGGCAUACCGGAGGGCCAGUAUGCGUUAGAUAUGUCUGCAAUAGAAAGCGAGGCCCCUUUUAUAGAUGCAGAGCACAGCAGCGUGAAUGGGGAAGAGCGAAAGCGGCAUCAAAUUAUGCCACAGGUGGUAACUGUAAGCACACCCAGCUUAGAUUAUACAGCAAUCAGUUUGGAUGAUACACUAACAGAUGAAGCAGCUCAGAAAUUAAAUUUAUCCGCCGGUGGCAAGUUGUUACCGCCAUCUGAGGAAAGUCUUUUGCGUGCUGUAGGCGAUCUGGUACAUGAUGGUAUAACCAAACUGGUAGAUGCAAAUCUACUGCAUCCACCGCGUUCAGUUGUACAAUCCACUGUGACGUCAACUCUAGUGCAGCAGUAUGAUCAUGUGAGCGACAAUGCUGUGGAAGCGCUAACUAUGAAAGAGCACAACGCGCCACAGGAGGGCACAUCACUGCUAGACCUAAAAGUGGACUUUUUUCAGUUCAAAAAUAAUUAAAUACAAAAUAAUUUAUUAACCUUGCAAAAAAGAAAAAUCCAUAAAUACUUUAUUCACACACAUGUACUAUGACAUUCGAUAAAUGGUCCUUAGCUUAUAAGAGUGAAGUUAAUUAUUUCAUUUACAUUAAUGGUCAAUGAAUUGCAUUAAAAUAAUGCUUAUGGCUGUAAAAUUGUUAUGCAAAUAAAUUAAUACCAAAAUUUA